UUUCCAAUUCUGCAAUUAUAACCUAUAUAUAUUUGUACAACAAACUGAUCCAAAGAACAAAUUUUAAAAUUUAUUAGAAUAUUUUAAUUGUACUAUUAUGUUCAAGCAUAUAAAUAAAUUGAGCCAGUUCAAUGUUUUUCUAUCGAAUAGAAAUAUUCCAUUUAUUUUUCGUCGAUUCUACUGUAAGGAAAAAACUAAUGAAGAGUUCGAUUUCGUAUCUGUUCCUAUUGAACAAAUAAGGAAUUUCAGUAUAAUUGCCCAUGUAGACCAUGGCAAGAGCACUUUAGCAGAUAGACUUUUAGAAUUUACAGGUGCAAUCAAACGAGUAACUGGCCAGAAUCAAGUACUUGAUAAAUUACAAGUUGAAAAAGAAAGGGGUAUUACAGUAAAAGCUCAGAGUGCUUCAAUCGUGUACCACUUUAAUGGGAAGCCCUUUGUUUUGAAUCUUAUAGAUACACCAGGCCAUGUUGAUUUCUCCAGUGAGGUUUCUAGAUCUCUAUCAGUGUGUCAAGGAGUAAUAUUGCUAGUGGAUGCAAAUGAUGGAGUACAAGCUCAAACAGUAGCGAAUUUUUAUUUGGCCUUUGGAAAAGAUCUAGAGAUAAUUCCAGCGUUGAAUAAGAUUGAUCUCAAACAAGCUGACCCAGAUAGAGUAUGCAAUCAGUUAAAAACACUUUUUGACAUAGAACCAGCAGAUGUUCUGAAAGUUUCAGCUAAACUUGGAAUUGGAAUCAGUGAAGUAAUUGAACAGAUAAUACAAAAAUUACCUCAUCCUAAAGCUGAUCGAAAUGGACCACUUCAGGCUUUUCUAUAUGAUAGUUGGUAUGAUAAAUACCGAGGUGCCCUGUUAUUAGUUUAUUUGAAUAGUGGACAAAUAAAAAUAGGGGAUAGUAUUGCUUCUUACCAUUCUAAGAAAAGUUAUGAAGUGAAAACUCUAUCUGUUCUAACACCAGGAGAACAAAAUGUGAAAAAAUUAGUUGCUGGUCAAAUUGGAUUAAUUGGUUGUAACAUGAGAAAUAUCAAGGAAGCAAUGGUGGGAGAUACAUUUUAUUUGUCUUCUGUGCCUGUUAGUCCUUUACCAGGUUUCCAGGCACCAAAAUCAAUGGUUUUCGCAGGGAUCUACCCAUCAAGUUUAUCAGAUUAUGGUGAGCUGAGGAAAGCUAUUGAAAAGUUGACCUUGAAUGAUUUUGCUGUUACUGUUGAAAUGGAUACAAGUCCAGCUUUGGGUCAAGGCUUUCGUUUAGGAUUUUUAGGACUUUUACACAUGGAAGUAUUUACUCAGAGGUUAGAACAAGAGCAUGGAGCGGAACCAAUAAUAACAGCACCUUCUGUAACUUAUUUAAUCAAACUGAAAGAAACUAAAGAAACCUUGAAAAGUGGAGUUAAUGAAUUACUAUUGAAUAAUCCUGCUCUUUUUCCCGAUCAUUUCAAAAUUGAGGAAACAUAUGAACCCAUGGUUCUUGGAACAAUCAUUACUCCAGAUAAAUAUUUGGGACCAAUAAUACAACUUUGCCAAAGUCGUAGGGGUGUUCAAGUGAAGGCAACAAAUAUAGAUAAUGAAAGAAUCAUGUUGCAAUAUUCACUUCCACUUUGUGAAAUAAUAAUUGAUUUUCAUGAUGCUCUCAAAAGUAUAUCAUCUGGUUAUGCUAGCUUUGAUUAUGAAGAUGCAGGUUACGAGCUAAGCAGCUUAGUAAGAAUGAUAAUACUUCUAAAUAAUGUGCCAUGUGACGAGUUAUCAACGAUAGUUCAUACUUCUAAAGCCCAAACUAUUGGAAGACAAAUGGUUUUGAAACUUAAAGAUCUGAUACCCCGUCAGAUGAUCCAUAUAGCAAUUCAAGCAGUUGUCAAUGGAAAAGUUUUAGCUAGAGAAAAUAUUAAACCUUUCAGAAAAGAUGUUACUGCAAAAUUGUACGGUGGAGAUGUUACAAGAAGGAUGAAACUAUUGGCUCAACAAGCAGCUGGUAAGAAGAAAAUGAAAACUAUAGCAAAUAUAUCGGUACCAAGAAAUACAUUCAUUGAUUUCUUGAAAAAAUAAUUUUUCUAUCCUCGGUUGUAAGUUAUGCAAAAAUAAAUUAUUCAUGGUU